CGCGAGAUCCUGUCUGACUAGCACACCCUUUGUGCGGGAACCGCGGUGGGCUAUGCAAUCAAUCAAUCACGCCCCACGGAAGCUUCCGAGCUCUGCCCAGCCCAACCAACUGGCAUCAUGCCUCCGCUCAGCACACGGCUACUGCUCCUCUGUCACAACCUUGGACACUUGCGCCGUCUCUCACCAACGGCUGUCGCGUCGCAACAGGCUGCUGCAUGUGCCCCCCGAGCUCCCGCAAACCUUCAGCAGCAGGCCUGUCACCAAACCUUGGAGCGUGUCUUGUUACCCUGGAGCGUGUCUUGCUACCCUGGAGCGUGUCUUGCUACCCUGGAGCGUGUCUUGCUACCCUGGAGGGUGUGUCUUGGUAUGUCUUAUGCGGCGCAUGCCCCCCUCACGCGGCCCUCUGCCGUCUGCGUCUCUGCUUGAUGAGUGCAGCCCCAAAAGCAGAUCAAAGCCAGGGGCGGCCCUUCAGGUGAUGCCUGCUCGUCUGCAGUACCACCAAAGGCGGAUAGCACGACACACACAGCACAGGGUGGUCUGAUGUCCUGUCAAGGUUCGCAGAUAUCGCUUGCCUCCUCCUAGCCUAUUCUUGUUGCAAUAACCGGUUUGCAAUGCAGAUCCCCACACACGGGUCUUUCAUUAGCGGGAACAGCUGACAAUGUUUCUUGGAAGCCAAUGACCGCCGAGGCGGAUU